AUGGUAGCAUCAACUAUUAUCACUGUUUCAGGCCACGCGCUCCUCAAUAAGUUCGCUAUCGGCCUAGCAGGUGAAGCUGGGACAUGGGUCUUCAAACAGAUUCUACACUCAGCCUCGGGCGGUAGUGAUACCAACAAAAUUCGACGAGACAUCUCCGGGGCCGUCACAGAAAUGAAGGAACUGAAGCGGACUGUAGAUACUCUAUCACGAGAGCUUCCUGAGGCUCUCCUCCAACUACGAAGCGACAACCUGAGAGAGUCUCUUACCAAGAUAGAGACUAUGUACGACACGAUUACCGACCUGAUGGAAACGGCUGUCACUCUCCCUGAGGAUAUGUCGGAUGUGGAGCGAGAUAAAAAGCUCAAUUCUAUUCAGACUCGCUUAGAAGAUCGCCUUAGGAUGUUUUCUGACAUACCCGGUAUUCUUGAUCGCAUCAACGAUUUCCUUGCAGAGGACGGACCAAGGUCUUUUCUCCGUCAGGCCAUCCAGAAAACCUUCGACAACUCUGAUGAAUUCAUUAGUUAUUACGAAAGAGCAAAACCUCGCUACUGGGUUGUAGUUGCCAAGGGCAUUUCUCUUUUGCAAAUGGCUUACGAUGCUCCAAACGUGGAUUUUUCCGAGGGCAUGCUCACAAUCCGACGCCAGAAGGACAAGCUCGAUAGGCAAGAUCAGUUUUUCAAAGUAGUUGUUGGAGAAAAUACUGUCCGACUGGUCGAAUGUGCUCUCUCGAGCCCUUCGUCUACCCAUGUCACGCUCCUAUCUGAUGAGGGUUUCGCGAUCGGUCACAAAUUGCCAAGUAACGGUGAUAUCUCCUCGCUGUCCAUAUGGCCAGGGCAACUUAUACCUAUCCAUCGAAAAUCAAACGAUCCAGUUGGAGACAAGAUCGCAUCGAGGUGGGAUAUGCAAUUGGGGUGUGGAGACGAGGCUGGCCUCGGACAUGCCGUUAUUUUCGCACACUUCAGCUCUGAACGGUGUAUGUUGCAUCACAUGCCAUUUGUUUCGAUGGUAGAAAGGAACCUGAAAGACCGUAAUUAUAUUGCGUGGCUCAUAAAGCCUGUAUGUCCUGGUUCAGACCGGUAUACUAUCAGGGCUCCAGAAUACCAACCUGAGUCUCCAUCUCCGAUUAAUGAACUUCUUACCUGGACUCGAAGAGGUUGGAGACCGCGGUUUGACUGCUCUGGAUCGCAUUUAGCCGCAAAAGAAUUCCUACAGAUGGAAAGGAAUGUCAGUAUUGGCGAUACUGGCACAAGCUUCCAGAUCAAGCUCUGA